GUAUUGAUAUUUGUGUUCGUAAGAAAUAACAAUUUUGAAGUUUUGGUGACUAAAGGAAUGCUUGGAUAAAUAAGUAAAAUGUAGGCGUUUUAUUUUAUUUUUUUAGUUCAUUUCGAUACAAAUACAUUAUCGAGUGAGAAUUAUCGAUAAUGAACCAAUUUAUUCACAUCGAAAUACCAUAAAUUGCAAUGAAAAACGGAGGUAAGACGUGUUUACAGUAUACACUUUUUCAAGAAAUGACGUCCACUUGACAGGCUCGACUCGCAGCAAUGAACCUCCUCGUGACAGCGGUGCUGGUCACAUUCACAGAAACGAUCAGACCUUUCAUAACAAACAAGUUAUCUUCACUCGCGACGAAACGUGGCGUGUCACAGCUUCAGAGCGAGAAGGAUGCAGUCAAAUCGGAACUGGAGAGCAUAAACAUGAAGGAGGAGUUCGCCAGAUAUGCCAGAAAGCAGAGGGAAUAUAACAAACUGCUGCAGUCCUGCCAAGAAGAAGCACAGGCUAAGAGAGAAAGAGACUCUAAUAUUAGACAAGCUAUUAAUUACAUAACCCAAGCAAUCAUGACAAUGGUGUGCUUGAUGUUGUUCUGGAUGAACCGGGCACAACCUGUAAUCGAGCUUCCUGAACAAUGGAUGAUGCCAUUCACAUCAUUGCUGUCCUGGCCGACUCAAAUACCUGGAGCGAUAAGCUUUCCGAUUUGGUUCUUGAUAUGCAGCAGCACUUGGAAACUGCUAGCGAAGACUUUGAGCAAGUCAACUUCUUACACAGUUUAAAUACACAACUUUUUAUUUGAUCCGGUUUUUUAUUUUUUCUCAUGUUUGUAAUUUGUUUUUGAAUAAAUAUUUAUUUGUUUUA